CCGCCUCCACUCCGCGCUGCCCACGCGACGCGUGCCCGCCGCCUCGCCGCCGCCGCCCGCCAUUAAAGGCCGCCGCAAGCGCCUCUGCGCGACUCCACCUCUCCUCCUCUGCCUGCGCGCCUCCCCCUCGUGCUCCGCUCCGUCGUCGUGCAUAUCCAUCCAUUGCGGCCAGGCCCCUAGCUAGCGAUCACGAUCCCCUUGCAUGCCCAUGCGUUUACUUCUCUACCAACCAAGUACUAUCAUUAUUUCUUUUCGAGGAGCAAUCAAGAAUCGUUUCUUGAGGGCUUCGGAUUUCUGCGCCCCCGAAUCCGGUAUAUCUCUCCGUACGGAAACGCUGGCUAUGGUCUGCGCAGCGGGGCCAUGAGAACAACUUAAGCUUUUCGGUGGGAAAGAUGAAGUUUGGUUCAAUAUAUGAGGAGUACCUCAGGGCAGAGCAGGACAAAUAUCUUGCAAAAUGCUCCCAUGUAGAGUACAAACGUCUCAAGAAGGUAUUGAAGCGAUGCCGACUUGAUCGCUCAUUGCAAGCAGAUGGCACCAACGGUGACCAGCAGGAGGACAGGAGCGACGAUUCUUCAGAUGCUUGCGACUGCAAUUCUUGCACAUUGUGUGAUCAGAUGUUCUUUACAGAACUCACCAAGGAGGCUUCAGAUAUAGCUGGCUAUUUCAGCUCUAGAGUACAGCAUCUUCUAAACCUUCAUGUUCCUUCUGGAUUGCAACGGUAUAUAUGGCGCGUACGCCAAUGCUUCAUAGAUGAUCAACAAAUCAUGGUUCAAGAAGGCAGGCUGCUAGUCAAUUAUGUGACCAUGAAUGCUAUUGCUAUUCGCAAAAUUCUCAAGAAAUACGACAAAGUGCAUGGCUCUGUUAGCGGUAGAGAUUUCAAGAGCAAGAUGCAAACCGAGCACACUGAACUGUUGCAGUCACCUUGGCUGAUCGAGCUGGGUGCUUUCCAUCUGAACUGUGAUAGUUCAGAUAUUGAUGAACCAGCAGGGUUCUUCAAGAAUUUUUCCUGUGACUUGACAGGAACACAGCCAGUAAUGACAAUGGCCAUUUCUGAAACUAUCAAGUAUGACUACAGUCUAACUUGUCCAAUUUGCUUGGACACCUUGUUCAAUCCAUAUGCGCUUAGCUGCGGUCACCUCUUCUGCAAAGGCUGUGCAUGUGGUGCUGCGUCUGUGUACAUCUUCCAGGGCGUUAGGAGCGCGCCUCCAGAGGCCAAGUGCCCUGUAUGCCGAGAGGUUGGUGUGUUUGCUCAUGCCGUGCAUAUGAACGAGCUCGACUUGCUCAUCAAAACAAGGUGCAAAGAUUACUGGAGAUGCAGGCUGCGCGAGGAGCGGACGGAGAUGGUGAAGCAAUCCAAAGAAUACUGGGAGUCCCAGGCCAUGCUGUCGAUGGGCAUCUGAACCACCCCGCCAUUGCCAUUCUCUGCUUACAUUGGUGAUUGGUCCAGUCGUCAAGAUUCAUUCCUCUAAGCUAGCAGAUUUGAUCCAUUGACUGCUACUCUGCUACUGAUCAUCACUCUACCAACCAAGCAAGAAGAUGUACCCAAAGAUAGCAGAGACUGACAUAACCGGGGAGGGGAGGGAGGGCUUCCAGGGCAAGCAUGUUCCCUUUCCUUUCUUUAUGUUGCUUGCUGCCCACCUGGUCAGACCUGGAAAGAGACCCAUCCAACCAAUUCCUUUGUUUCUUCCGUUUGUACUGCGCGAGUAGUUCCAACCAAUCACUCUACCAAAGCUUAGCUAUUUAUCCUACCUGUCUAGUACUAUUUGGCAUUUGAACACGGAAUUCCUUCGAAAAAACAGCUGAUUUAGACGCAAUCUCCCGCUGGCUGAGUGCUUGCCUGCGUUGAUAUACAAUACAUCUGUGUCUGUCUCUCUC